CGUUCUUUACGCUUUGAUGCGCCCAACACGGCAACUCGCUUGACCUGAGGUGAAGAAAAUUGAUCAAGAACAAAUUUAAUUUGAAGUCGACAAAAUGCGCUGCGCAAAAUCAGAGCUGAUAGUUCUUCUCGGUGUCGGAAUGUUUCUCGCUGGUUCUAUUUCCCUAAUUACGAUUACCAUGCAAAAAAUUUUUCCUGCUCGUGAAGAGCAAACCUUUAAAGAAAUAAAUUGUACGAUUGUAUCAGGAGACAUGAACGCUACAACAAAAUGCUCCAAUAAAAAUCAAGAGGGAAGCUAUCCGUGCCUCCGGAUAUAUGUUCUGUGUGGCAAAGAUAAGAUCAAAGAGAAUCCUUCGUUGGAGAGCACACAGCCCCGUUUAUUAAGAAAGGAUUUCUACAGCUUGCAAAAACAGGUACGUACGUCUACAGAUCUCAGUGUGUUUAUUCUCAUUGUUUUUAAUUAUUAGAAUGAUUUUCUUUUCGUUGCCAAAAAGAUAUCAAUUAAGUUAAAACGAGCUUUUCGUGUGUUUUGUGUGUAAAAUAAGUAGUGGUAAUUUCGUAUUUUCGUGAAUAACGAAUAGUUAUUGCGCUGACGAAGUGCAAAAGCAUGUCCAUAUUCUAUUUCGCAAUAAAAGCGCAAUUGGCUUUUGAUCCCCAUUGUUUAUCUAGGUGGUUAAUUAGUUAUUUUUGCUUGUUAUGUAUUUAUUUUUUGUCCUGGGAAAACCAAUCACAAUCAUCUGAACCGAACCCAGGUCAAGAUCUGUCCACGCUACCAUCCAUGGCACUUGUCCCACAAUUUCGAGUGCAAGAAUCUGUCAGGGUGAUUAGAAAGCGUGACAUUGAAGAAGACACACCCUUCUAUCUCCCUCUGUUUCCAAUGCGAAAAUUUUGAGGUGAUCACAUUGGACCAUAACUAUUGCCAGAGCCAAAGAAAGUUCCGUUAGGAAAAUUUGCUUGCGUCAAAGCUUGCACAAGGUGUACAUCCUAAUUACCUGAAAAUAUACAUAGAAAGAUUUCACAAGAACUUUUUAAGUUGUUGAUAAUGAUUUGUGACAGCUUACUACAUAAUGUUGUGGCGAUAUACCCGUAUUAAUUACAUAAUGUUGAGCACCAGGUAGAUAAAAUUACCGAAAUGGCGCUGAUAAAAAAUCUUCUUACAACCUGCAUGCUCACAUUUUGCAAUGUACAUAGCAAGAUCGGGAAGCGAUAUGAAACAGGUUCUUAUCACUUGAGGUAAUUUUUAGAUGAGAUUAUCCCAAAAUUCGUGUCCUGUUUCGUCUGAGCGCAUAACAAUCUCGGCACGUACGUUACGCAAUGUAGAAUCAAUGGUUUUUUCUUGUCAAUCAUUGGAAAUGCGUAAUGAGUGAGGGGUUCAAGGCGAGGAAUCAUUCAAUAAAACGUGCAUUACCUAAGGGCCUCUCCGCACUGGCGGACAAAAGUGGAAUUGUCCUGACAAAAUCAAAGGAAAAAUUUUGUCUAAACAACAAAUUUUUGUUUCGUCUGUGGCAUCUGCAUAAAAAAUUUCAAAGCCGUCAACUUCCGUCAGCGCCUGAUCUGCUCAUAAGACCGGCCAGUAUAGUCUGCCAAAGAAUUCCACCUCCAUUUUCCACGAUUUAUCCUCAGUCUUUUAAAAUUUUAAAUAUCCGAGUUUCGCAACAAAAGACAAUUUUUGCCUUUCUAGCAAACUGAUUUCAGUUCAAUUACACGCUUGUCGUAGCUUGCACGAUAAAUGGUCGACAUGUGUAUCACGGUUUUGUUUAUUUGGUCGCUUUUGUCCAGUUUUUACCCAGGACAAAUUUUGUCGGCGGUACGUCUGAAGAUUUGUCCGCUUUGGCCAAAAUUUGCCAAAUUGUUUAAUAAACAACUUUUCGUCAGUGCAGAAAGGCCUAACUUUCUUUAUUUUCCGCUUUCUUUUCUUUAGUGCACUUUACCGCCAGAACAGUGUGGUGACAAGAAGACUGACAAGCAUCCCUUGAAGAAGUUAUUUCACAGUGGUAAUCCUGUAGGAUCAAACCUCCACUGCUUUUACAACCCAAGUGAUCCGGAACAAAUCGUCAGCCAGAAAGCUUCCAAGGAAAGCUACAACAAAAUGGUGCUGAGUAAUGUGGUUUGGCCGCUGGCCGUUAUACUGUUAGCGGUGAUUAUUACUGCGGGAGCUGCUUGUUUCCUCGCCACACGGCCUCAAGCCGGUUAUGAAAAGUUAGAGGGAGUGACCAGUGCUUCGCUUUAUCAAACACUUUGAAAGAACAAGUGCAAGUCAUAUCACUAUCCUGGACCAUGAUAACUUUCUUCCCCCCAAUGUGUGCUCGUUUGGGGUCGAAGUGAGAACGGUGCUGGAUCUUAGAAUUAUGACAGAUGGAAAGGACAUGGGUUCCGACAAGUCAUGAUCUGUAUCUCUGAGCAACGAGUUGAUACAUUGAAUUUUGGCUGACAGAAAAAGAGAAGGCGACUGAUAGAGACUGCGUAAGCUGAAGUCGUUUACUUCACAGAUCGAGCGGACUUUUGGCUGUACCGUUUACGUUCAAGACUGUUGAAUUUGGACAGACCGUAAUAACUACGAUCAAUAGAGCAACAAAAGAGCCAAAGUUGUGAAAAUUAAGGCCGGAAUGUUGAAAUUGUGAC